UGUAGGAGCCCAGGGAUCGACCGGCUGCAAGUCACAGAAUCAGGAGCCAUGGGACGGCCACUCUGCGGCUGGAAGCACUGGCUGUGGAUGCCCCUAUGCUGUCUGCUUGGUGGCCUGAAUGGGACAUUUGUGACAUGGAACUCCAGGCCCAAUAUCGUCCUGCUGAUGGCGGAUGACCUUGGUUUGGGUGACCUGGGCUGCUACGGUAAUAACACCGUGAGCACCCCUCACAUCGACCGUCUGGCAAACGAGGGCGUGAGGCUCACCCAACACCUGGCAGCAGCCUCCGUCUGUACCCCGAGCCGGGCGGCUUUCCUCACUGGCCGGUACCCCAUCCGAUCAGGAAUGGUUUCGUCCAAUAGUCUGAACCGUGGCCUCACCUGGCUUGGUGGGUCUGGCGGGCUGCCCACCAACGAGACGACCUUGGCCAAGUUGCUGCAGCAUCGGGGAUACCGCACGGGACUCAUAGGGAAGUGGCAUCAGGGUUUGAGCUGCGCCUCUCGGGAUGACCACUGCCACCACCCCCUCAACCACGGGUUCGACUACUUCUACGGGAUGCCCUUCGGGCUCCUGAGCGAGUGCCAGGCGUCCAAGACCCCGGAGCUGCACCGCUGGCUGCGCAUCCGGCUGUGGAUCUCCACCUUGGUCCUCAGCCUGGUGCCCGUCCUGCUCCUGCUGCCCAACCUGGCCGGCUGGUUCUCGGUCCCGUGGAGCGUCAUUGUCCUGUCUGCCCUUGUGGCUCUCCUCUUUUUCGUUUCCUGGUACUCCAGUUACGGGUUCGUCCGGCGCUGGAACUGCAUCCUGAUGAGGAACCACGAGAUCGUCCAGCAGCCCAUGAGGGAGGAGCGGGUCUCCGUGCUCAUGUUGAAGGAAGCUCUCGCCUUUAUUGACAGGUACAAGCGAGAACCUUUCCUCCUCUUCGUCUCCUUUCUGCAUGUGCACACUCCCCUCGUGACCAAGGGGAAGUUCGUGGGGCACAGUAAAUUCGGGCUCUACGGGGAUAACGUGGAAGAGAUGGAUUGGAUGGUGGGUAAGAUCCUGGAGGCCCUGGAGCAGGAGCGACUGAGCAACCGCACCCUGGUGCACUUCACCUCCGACAACGGCGGCCGCCUGGAGGCACUCGACGGGGCGGCCCGGCUGGGCGGCUGGAACGGCGUCUACCAAGGUGGCAGCGGCAUGGCCGGGUGGGAAGGGGGCAUCCGCGUGCCUGGGAUCUUCCGCUGGCCCACCGUGCUGCAGGCUGGGAAGGUGAUUGAGGAGCCCACGAGUCUGAUGGACCUUUUCCCAACGCUGUCUUACGUCGGGGGAGGGAUCUUGCCCCACGACAGGGUGAUUGAUGGCCGUAACCUCAUGCCCCUCCUGGAGGGCAGGGUGGCCCACUCAGACCACGAGUUCCUCUUCCACUACUGCGGCACCUACCUGCACACCGUCCGGUGGCACCAGAAGGAUUGCGGUACUGUGUGGAAGGCCCAUUAUGUGACGCCCAACUUCCACCCCGAGGGAUCCGGCGCCUGCUACGGAAGCGCCAUGUGUUCCUGUUCUGGGGACGUGACCCACCAUGACCCACCGCUCCUCUUCGACAUCUCCAGAGACCCUUCUGAGUCCCAACCACUUACUUCCGACAAUGAAGCCUUGUUCGACUCCGUCAUCAAGAAGAUCGAGGCCGCCAUAAAGGAGCACCGUGGGUCCCUGACGCCUGUCCCUCGACAGUUAUCUGUGUUCCACACCAUUUGGAAACCGUGGCUGCAGCCGUGCUGCGGGAUCUUCCCCUUCUGUGGCUGUGACAAAGAAAGUGACAUCCUGCCCACCGCUCUGUGAGCAGUGGGGUCACUAGUUACCCACCACAGACAUGCUGUGUCAGUCAGAUUUCCAUUACUGUGACAAAACACCUGAGAAAAGUCAACUUAGCUGGGAAAGAUUCAUUGGGGACUCAUGGUUUUGAAGGUUCAGUCCAUGGUGGGCCGACUCCCUGGUUCUGGCCCAAGGGGAGCAGAACAAAAUGGCGGCAGGGCCUGGGGGAGGAGAGCAGCUCAGGACAGGGCAGCCUGGUACCAGAGAGAGAGGAGCCAGGGACAGGAUAUAGUCCCCAUGGCCACACCUCCAUUGUCUUAUUUUGUCCCAAUAGGUCCUAGCUCCUUCAGUUCCCACCAUUUUUCAAUGGUCCAUUCAAGUGUGAACCCAUCAAUGGAUUCACCCACUGAGGAGCUCAGGAGUCAUAGGGGAACAUUCCAGAUCCAAGCCACACCACAUGCCUGAGUGGGUCUACCAUUUUGGAUCAAAAUGGAGGCCACCACCUUGUUCCAAUGCCCAGCCUUUAGCGCCCCUUCAAGUUGUGUUGGGAGCCUACAGACAGGAACGUGGAUUCCGUGCCACUAUUGGGAGGGGGUCCAGUGAGUAACCCCUCCUUGCACCUAAUAAAUCAGAGUCAUUUCAUGUCCCCAGGGGGGUCUCCAUGGAGCCUGGGCAUCCUGCUGAAGUCGGUUUGCAAACCUCGUUGUUCUUUCCUUUCUUCUUCUUUCUUUGUCUUCCUCAUGGACAAGGACCUGGUUCUGAGGCAAGAUGCCUGUCCCUCUGCCAACCCUGCGACGGGGCACAACUUUCUCUGCCUUCUUCAUUGCGUGUGUGUGUGCUCACACGCGUGUGUAACGGGGAGGACUCCGUCCUAACCUCAAAGAUUAGCCGUGAGCCUUGUACAGGUGACUUUGUGGGAGUCACCUGCUGCAAAAGAAGCACUCGACGAAUAUUAUUAUUAUCAUCACCAAUAAAUACCA